GUGCAAUUCUGUACAGUCAGCGAAAUCCGUCUGGUUUUUAAGAGCCGCGCGUUAAGCGAUUCAACCGAAGGAAACUACAUCAAACCGUGCCGUGUGCUUGCCUAAAGCGGCCGUCCAAACUAGCACCGUUGUAGGUUUCGCUAGUUUGCAGAACACAAUGCCCUUCACACCUGAAAGGACACGGUGGACUCAGUAUACUCGGGCGGCCUUGUCGACGUGAUCGCACUUGGAUUCGCAGUCAAACAUGGGCGUUGCUGUGUCUAGCCAGUCGGCAUUGGCGCCGAUCUCGUUCGCCAGCACGAUCACGGGCUUCAUCUCGUUCGCAUUCACGCUUGCGACGGUCAUCCGGGUCUUCUGGGACAGCAUGUGUGUAUCGCCUUCUGUCUGCGCCUGGGCGUCGUCCCCCACGCCGCAGCGCGCAAAAAGUGACUGACACGAAGGAUCUAGCGCGACGUUCUUCGGGGCGGCGACGGAGAUUGAUGACAUGCUCACAAAUCUUCGGCAGGCGCUUUACGAGGAGAGGGCGAACCUGCGCAGGGCACGGCAGCAAGUCAAAAGGCGAAGACGGUCGGCCGCGGCGAAAGGAGAGGGGCUCGGCGGUCGGCGGGAGGGGUUGACUCCCGAUGACGCCUUGGGUGCCAUGUCCAACGCCGUGAAAGACAUGAUCAGGGCCUUCAAGCAGGUCGAGAAGCCGUUUCUGGUGGAUGGGUUGGACGAGCCGCGCAGACGGAGAGGCGACAGAGAAAGCUGGGCGGACGACGCAGCUGGGUACAGCAGCGGCGGGAUCGGAGAAGACGAACACGCGGACUAUCUCUACGCGCGGAGUCGGUACAGGAAGUGCACGAUCAAACAGCGCUUCUUGUGGCUGCGAUACAAAAGCAAGGCUCUUGGACUGCUGGAUGCAAUCAUGAGGAUUGAGGUGCGGCGGAUCGGCUUUCAAACGUCACAUAUUAGCGUUCAGCUGCGGCAGAUGGGCCAAACGUUGGAUGAUUUCGAUGACCGGAUGGAGGCCAUCGACCGGAUAGAAAAUCGACUAAGCCGCAUCGUUGGUGUUCGAAGGAUUGAUUAAAGCGAGAUAAAUACAAUUGCGGUUGAUUAUUUGUCGUCUCCCAGUCUUCGAGGCUCUGUGCCUGAUCUGAAUUAUGGUAACGUUUGUUGGCCAUCACGUCAUAUCACCGGUACAUAGUACAAAUCCUUUGGUUCGCCGCUAUAAAAGAAACGAAAGAGAAAAUACCACCUGCGAUAAUCCCGCUCGCACUGUGUAGAUUCUGCGGCGCAAUCUACUAAUACAAUCACGCGAUACGGAGCAGUUUUAGAUCAUGAUUUUUCAUUGCGAUUCGAAGGCUGGUGUGGCGACAAUUAUCCGACAUUGCCUGAACCUUUUUUUUGUAGCGUCUCCUCUUGUAUGAUGGCUCAACAUUCUGAAAACGUCGGAAGGACCGGACUGCUUCAUUUUGACUAUAAUGUAACCAUGUCGGAGUUCCAUCACGGUUUUCUUGUAUAACUUAAGCUGAUCUCUUAAUUUUUAUGUAAGAUCAAUUAGGAGGCGUAGAUAAAAAGCAGAC